AUGAACAAGAAGCAAAGGAGCAGGCCGCAGGGAGGAGACAAUGGGGGUAUCAUGCAGUGGAUCCAACACGAACAGCAAGAGCCACAACUUCAACCACAGCUGCUCCAGCCGGAGCUCAACAUGAUCGAGUUCGAAGCCGACAUGCAGUACACGGUUGAUCCCACAAUGGCUUUUGGUGAUGGCAACACAUCCACUGAGGAUAUUAGCGGUGGCCUUAUGCUUGGUACCAGUUCGGGUUUGCUCGACUCGGUGAUUGCAAACGAUGACAUGGGCCAAAAUCAUUAUUCUUACUUUUCUCGGACAUCCCGUUGGCUUUCAAAUCACCUGCUUUCCCUAAAUGACCCGGGGCGUAACUUCCCACCGAAUGGAGCGAUCGGUCUUGAUGGCCAUACAUUCUCAUACAACAACUUUGCCUCGUCGGGUCACUCUCACGCAUCAUCAUUUCAGCCUUACAAGCGAGCGAUCCCCAAGUCUACCAUGUCGAGAGGCCUUGACGAAAUCUCAACAAAAUGGGGAAAUUGA